AUGCUACAUCUUACACGCUGGUUGCAGCGGAUCUCUAUAACUGCAUCGUCGGUAUCAAUUACACAUCGGAUUCGUCCGCUGAGACUCCUCAGCAGUCAGGCCAGCUAUGACCGUAGACCCGCAGAGCCACGAAAAUUCAAAAACAUGAAGGUUUGGGUUAUCAGACAAUGGUUUCUGGAUAACAACUCUCACCCGCACCCCACACCAACCCAGAUGGACGACCUGGUAGCUGCAACUGAAAUCCCAAGAAAACGAAUACUUGAGAUCUUAUACCAGCUCAGAACGGGCGUUGCGAACCCACAUUCAUUGAGAGGUGGGCGUGGGACAUGGAUAAUAAAUGAGUGGUUCAUUAAAAAUCACCACUGCCCAUAUCCAGAUGAAGCUGAAAAGGCCCGCCUUGCAGAUGCAUCUGGAUUUUCGAUCAAGAAGGUAGCGAAACAAUUGGCCUCAUUGCGAAAUAUCAUUGAACCGCCAGAGUUUACAGCAAAGGUUCUAAAGCAUCCUCCGGGUACUAAAGAGCCAUGUCUUUAUUAUGUAUCUAAGAAGAGUAUAAGCCAUCCGUCAAAACGCGUUGGCAGAAGGCAAUGGCCAGAACGUUUUGCAGAUACCGCGAGUGGAGCGGACAAGGAUGGCGUUACUACCAUAUCUGGCAAUGCGACCAGCAAGAUCCGCACACCGUACGUGUGCACCGUCUGUCAAAAAUCGUUCACAAUUCCCUCAUUCUGGAAAGAUCACGAAAUGACAACGCACGAAUUCAAUCCAACGGAGUGGAUAUGUAUGCCGCACGGGCUGAAAGAAGUGGGUUCUACAUGCGACUUCUGCUUUGAGCCUAUUGAAGAUCUGAAGCACUUCGAGAAACACAGAACUCUGGAAUGCGCGAAGAGGGACUGCAAAGACCGAACGUUCAGAUCAAAACGAAAACUUUUGGCUCAUAUUCGACAACAGCAUCUUCGACAUGCCACCCACGAAACAAAGCUCGCUUAUCAACCACGCGCAGAUUGGGAGCGGGUAAGGAAACACGUCGAUCCAAACGCUCUGUGGUGCGGAUUCUGUCAGAUCGAGCUCGAGUCUGUCCAUGCUCGCAUGGACCAUGUUGCACAACACUUCAAGCACGGCGAAACCAUGAAUGAUUGGAUUCCAAAGCUUCCUUCUAGCUGA